AUGGCUGAUUCCCCAGCCAAAGCCGACGGCGGCUCCGAGCGGAGGCCAGCGGGCUACAAGUCGUGGAAAAAGAAGUAUCGGAAGAUGCGUAUCGUCUUCGACAACAAGAUGCACGAGUGCGAGGAGCUGCACAAGCAAGAGGCCAAGGCCGCCAACACGGUGAAGCGCUUGGCCAUAGAGAAUGAGUAUGUGCAAUUCCCUGCUGUCCUUGGUCUCCACGAAUCUAACCCGUCAUUUGCUAUCUGCAGCCGGCUACUGGACCUUCUUCUCGAAGUCAACAAUUCUCCGCAGAUUCCCCCAGACCGACGGAUAGACCUGUCUCUCAAGCCUCCCUCAGACGACGGCGCCCUCUGCUUGCCCAUGGACCGUGAUCGCAGCAAGGAUAAGGAGGCUGCCAUGAAGAAACUCGAGCAGAUGCUCAGCGACAUCCCUCAUUCGACUUAUGAUUCGGCUAAAGAGACCAAAUCCUCGUUCAUUGCCGACUUGGGUGCUCCCGAUGGCGAGUCCCAUCCUGCACAUUUCCUCUCGGCCGACGAUAUUGACGACUACAUCUACCUCGUCGAUACCGGAAUCGACCCUGACUCGACCCUGCCCACGAUGGCGCCGCUCGCCCACCCCAUUGCGCGUCCCCCUUCAAAUCCUCAGACCAAGAACCCUACUAGUGUCACAAAUUGGCUGCGGAAACAUGCACCAAAGAUCUUCCUCCAAGACGGAGAGACGCAUGGCGACGGCGACGACGAGGCUGCGGGGGCUGGUACGGGGGCUGGCGGCGGAAGCAGUCACGCCAGCGCGCGAAAGCCACGCGGAAGUGCUAAAGGCGAGCGUGGCGGCAGUAAAGCCAGCGGCAAGGGCAAGAAGGCUGGCGCGGCUGCGCGGCUCAGUGCUGCGGCUGAGCGCGGAGACGGCGAUGCCAGCAUGGACGACGAUGGCGACUUCGGAGCGACACCCGCGGCCCGCAGCAGCAAGCGCAAGAGGGACGACGAUACCGGAUACAAGCCUAGAGGGUCUUCAAGCCGGCCGACCAAGAAGAAGCGCAAGAGCGAUGUCGAGGCAACGCCAACGGCGCGUAAAUCCAAGAAGGACGCUGCGGCAGCGAGCAAAGACGAAUGA